UGCAGUCUCAAUGGUUCUUCGAUUGAAUCAGUAUAUAUUGGAGGAACAUGGAGUUCAAAAGGGGAUAUUUGGUGAUUGGUCACAUCUUGAUGUGAGACAACAUGGAAAUAUGCCGUAAAUUCCUAUUUACAGGGCUGUGUGUGCUGUGAAGUAUUGUCUUUGUUAUUCUUUCUGCACAUUAAUCUAGGGAAAUUGUUCUUUACUUGAUUGACUCCUUGGCUCUUCACCUUUAAUUCUCAUUUGCCCCUUCAUUAUAUUCUACUAAUUGCCCAUCCUUUUUGUAUCUCUUUAGAGCUUCAACUUCUUUCGGUAAGGAAGAUCCCUCUCUCUUGCUUUUCUUGUUGUUAAUAUUCUUGGUUGUGGUUGUAGAGUAGGGAGGUUCCUUUUGCGAAUGGUGGUUGCAAAUUUAAAAAGCACCUUUAUGUAUGUUUUCAACAACUUUUACCAAAUAUCCAUACCUUUUUGUUUUCUUUGUGGCCUUUAUGUUUUGUCAUUCACUAUUCACUAACAAAUGGUGCUUUGGGGCUAAAUUUUUCGUUUAUAUGAAAGAUGAAGUCUGAAUGAAUGGGCUUGCAUGAUUCUUGGCAAGUGAAUAUGUUCAUCACGUAAUAGGUUCCACUUAGUCCUCAAAUGCUUUUCCAUUGUCGUGUUGCUAUUGGUACGUGUACCAUAUUGUCAUGGUUUGUGAUAUUCUAAAUUUAUUUACAGGUUUGCAACUAUUCAGAUGGAUCAAAGAUAAGUCUUGCUCAUCCAACAGAUUGUUUCAGAGCAUGAAAAUACUCAGUGCAAAACGCCUCUCUCUGAAUGAAAGAUAUCGUCAAUCUAAGCAAUUCCAAGAUGCACUACAAGUUCUGAGUUCCAAUUAAGACUUAUUCCUUAAAUGUCUGCAAGAACCGCAUUCAGUGUCCUCUGAGAAUCUUUACAGUCGGCAGUCUGAUUCCAGUCAUCCAGAGAACCUACAAAGAGGAUAGAGAACAAUGACUUUGUAGAGACUGGGAUUAGAGUCAGAGAUACAAAGAAGAUAAAGAAAAGGGCCCCUCCUCAGCAGAAUGGAAUGGAGAAAGUUCAACUAGGAAGUUCCUCUCCUGAAGGUCUUAAUUGUUACGAAAAUCCCUCUCGGCCGACACAAAUUGUAGUUUUAAAACCUACACGUAAGAAAGCAUGUAACGAUAUGACUGUGGCUUCUCCUCAUUCAGAACAACCAAUGAUGCUGCGAAGGGAAGACUUCUUUACGCAUAUUGAAGAGGGCGAGGAUCAAGAAUCAAGAGAUGUAGCAAAAGGAAUCGCUCAACAAAUGCAUGCCAAAUAUAGCCAGCAUCACAAAAAUGAAAACUUGAUUUCGUCGGUAUUAUUGAAUGACUACGUAGGUGAUGAUAGCUCAUUUAAUAAAUUAGAGCAUGGUUACAUCGGUGAUAAUCUCUGUCAUUCAGAGGCCAUGUCACCUGUAUCUAAGCUUUCUGGGGAUUAUGUUGAUAUGCUUAGCCCUUACUCUACCUCUACUUCAUCUCGGCCAUCUUAUUCUCCAGAAUCAUCAGUUAGCAGAGAAGCGAAGAAACGUCUUUCUGAAAGAUGGGCCAUGAUGCCAUCUAAUGAGAUUGUUCAAGAACAAAAGCAAUAUCAGAGAAGCUCCAGCACAUUGGGUGAAAUGCUUGCUUUAACUGUGAUAAAGCCAUUGUAUUCUCAUGGCGAAGGAGGCAGUUCAAGCCAGGAAUCUAGGGACUUCGAUUUUCUCGUUGUUAAUGAUUGGAGAAGAGAUGAAGCAAUGGAUAAUCCACCAAGAAAUCUGAUGAGGUCAAAAUCUGUUCCGGUAUCUGGUUGGUUUGGAACUAGGUUGAAUAUUGGCAGUUCAGUUUCAGGAGAGGAGAAAUCAGAAUCUUAUGAGGAUAGAAAAGUAAGUGCUAAAUCAUCACUCAAAGGAAACUUGAUUCUCUCGACGGCGGCCAAAAAAGCCGAUAAAGAAAUGUCUCUAGUGUCCCAUACCAAAGAUGGCUUUUACUUGCAUCCUGAAGGCAUUGAUAGGACGGUAGGUCUUAAUGACAAAGGGUCCAUUCAUGCUUUUUCACCGUUAGAACCAUCAAGAACAGCACCGUCCUCUGAAUCUAUUUGCGCAAAGAUGAUGUCUCCUGAGAUGUGUAACGGUCAACACUAUUUCGUACCCACCAAAUUUAAUUGACCAAGUGAUUUCUGUACUGGGAAACCUGGAGACCACAUAACAUAAUUUGCCACUUUUUCCACACACAAACUCAGGCCAUCUCCAAGCCUAAGCAAUAAUCUUGACCAGCCUUGCCCGAUAUCUGUCUUAGGUCUAUCAUUUGAGGAGGAGGAGGAGGAGGAGGAGGAGGAGGAGUAUAUACAAAAGUCAGCUUCUUAUUAUGUUAAGCCUGAACAACAAGUUUCUUUCCUUUUCACCAAUUCAGGAGUGGAGUCCCCCUGCUUAUCCAUAGGAUCACGUAUGAUUGACAAAUCGCCACCUAUCGGAUCCAUUGCACGGAGCCCUUCUUCGAAUGACCCCUUUGUAAAUGCAGGCUCUUCUCAUCCCUCCAAGCAAUUAACCACCAAAGAAACAGAUGAAGAAGAACGAGAAUGCCUUUUCUUUAUUAAGGGGAUUAUUAGCUGAGGCUGGCCGCCAAUGUGAGGCCUGUUCUACCUCAUAUUUGGCAAGAUGUCACUCACUUCAGAGCCCAUUGCACCCAUCUUUUAGAGGCCAGAGUAUUAAUUCUCAAGACGACAAGAAUCUGACGGAUGGCACGCUAAGGCAGAAGCGAGCAGUUCAACAACUCGUGCAUGAUUGUGUAAAUGCAGCAUUACUAAAUACAGGAUAUGACUCACACCUGAGCCAAAGACUCCAUACAUCCAUUAUACCCAACUUGAUCGGGGAGAAGGUACUAGGCAGUGGUUGGGUCAAUCAUUUCGGGUAGGAGAUGGAUGAUUUAUGCAGGAAAAUUGAAGGGAGGCUGCUAGAAGAGCUAAUGCAGGAAGUGGUGGUUCAAUUGGCAGGUAGAAUGUAACAAGUCUUCAUUCAUUUAGUUAACACCUUGUAUUCUGCUAUAGCUUAAAGACUCUGACUGUUCUUGUACUAUGCUUUGACUCCAUAUAUUGAUCGUAGCUGUUACAGGGCAUGAAUAUUUAUUCAA